AUGAAACUUGUUACCAUUGGUUUUUCUCUCACCUUUCCGUCUUUGAUGUGUCCUUUUAUUUAUUUAUCUCUUUUUUUUGCUUGGGAAAAUUUUAAAUUUCCCUUUUGUUCUUUUCUGUUCAUUUCACUGAGGCGUUUCAUGUUCCCAUUUCUGUCAAUUUUAACACGUUCUUCUUUCUUUGAAUAUUACUUCUUUUCCCUAUUUUUCUUUCUUUCAUUUUUAGCUUUGCUUUUCCCUCUUCUUCCACUUUUGCAUAAUUCUGUUUUCUUCUUUUCAUUUUUAUCAUUUUCCUAUUUUUUUCUUUUUUCAAUUUUAUUUCAUUUCUUUCUUUCUUUUAUUCCUUGUCUUUUCCAUUCUUUCUUUCUUUCUUUCUUUCUUUCUUUAUUCGUUGUCUUUCGUUCUUUCUUUCUUUAUUCGUUGUUAAUUUCUUUCAUCGUUCUUUUUUUUCUUCAUUUUUUUUUUUUCUUUUUUUUUAUUUUUUCUUUCUUUAUUCGUUGCCAUUUCUUUUUUAAUUUCUUUUUGUCCCUCUUCCCAUUUGUUUUUUUUUUCUAUCUUUCUUUUCUGUUAAUUUUAACGCAUUCAUCGUUCUUUGAAUAUUUUCUUUUUCUUUUCUUUUUCAUUUUCUUUUUUAUUCGUUGUCUUUCUUUUCUUUUUCGAUAUUUUUUCUUUCUUUCUUUCUUUACAUUUCCUUCUCAUUCAUUUUUUCAUCUUUCUUUUUUUAAUUUCUUUUUUUCCCUCUUCCCGUUUGUUUUUUCUUUCUUUCUUUCUUUAUUCGUUGUCUUUUUUCUUUUAAUUUUAACUUUCUUCACUAUCUCUUUUCUUUUUUCUUUUUUCUCAUUUUUUCUUUCUUUUUUUGUCUUUCUUUCUUUCUUUCUUUCUUUCUUUAUUCGUUGUCUUUCUUUCUUUCUUUCUUUCUUUAUCCAUUCUUUCUUUCUUUCUUUCUUUCUUUCUUUCUUUCUUUCUUUAUUCGUUGUCUUUCUUUCUUUCUUUCUUUCUUUCUUUAUUCGUUGUCUUUCUUUCUUUCUUUCUUUCUUUUCUUUCUUUCUUUCUUUCUUUAUUCGUUGUUUCUUUCUUUCUUUUGUCUUUCUUUCUUUCUUUCUUUCUUUAUUUUGUCUUUCUUUCUUUCUUUCUUUAUUUUCGUUAUUCGUUGUCUUUCUUUCUUUCUUUAUUCUUUUUCUUUCUUUUUUUUCUUUCUUUCUUCGAUCCAUUUCUUUUUCUUCUUUCUUUCUUUUUUCUUUCUUUCUUUAUUCGUUGUCUUACCUUUUCUUUCUUCCUUUCUUUCUUCCCCCUUAUCCCCUACCCCAUUUCUCCAGACAGACUUCUGUUUUUUAUUUUACCUACAAACCGCUUCAACAACCAACCCAUCCUGACUUCUGCAACAAUCCCUUUACUCUCUUCAUUCUCCCAUUUCCUGCACUCUACUCACAGAAUAUUCUCCCGCCUACUCACAAUUAUCCACACUCCGAUUUAUCGAAUAAUUCUCUCAUUAACAGCGCGUCUUUACGCAGCCAUUCGAUUUCUUUUUUCUUUUCCAUUAUUUUUUUCUCCAGUUUUACUUGUUUUCUUAAUCAUCACCGUCAUUAUCAUUCUUUCAUCACUCACGUUAGUUUUUCAAGCAUUAAUUUUGCCAAAACAAUCAUAUCUUUUUAA